CUACCAAUUCUUUGGAUCCACAAAUUCUCUAUUAGUAUACAAAUCAAUACUCUGUAUCUAUCUUUCGCGCUUGAGUUUUUGAGAAGAGACGAUGGAAGGAUUGAUCAAAGGUUUGGCCGAUGUGGCUUUCGGAGAUGAUGAUAGGAACUCGAGGGACGAGAGAUCCAGAUCUACUUGGGCUAAUGUGGUUUCCGGCGAAGACGAGGAUCAGAAUCGCGCGGGAGAAUCGUCACCGUCGCAGCACGGUCGACGCCAAAAUUUAGAGGAGAAUCAAUGGGAGAGAAAGGGAGAAAGGAUGCCCACAAGGCAUUCACAUCAGGAGGACCAGGAAGAGAACACGUAUGCGGCUCAAGUAACCGAGCAACAAGACUUCUCGGAAACCCAGAAAGAAGACAAUGACGGUUGGGAAACUGUGGGGAAAAAGAAACCUGCAAGGCGAUCUCAUAAGGUCCAGAAGGAGCAGUGGCAAGAGUAUAAAUGCCCUGCGAGCGAACAACACUACUCAGAUGACGUUGAAACUAAUGGAAGCCUAGAACCCUCACAACUAGAGCUCUCAGGUCUCUCAGAAGCUUGCAACAAACUUUGGGAGCUCGAUUCAAACCGCCUUGUUCCUGGAAACGAUUAUCAAAUCGACUGUGGAGAUGGGAAAAGGGUUCAUGAGAGAUCAGACAUGGCUGAAGGAUUACUGUUCUCUUGGGUCAGCGACGAAGUCUUUAGAAAACCUACUUUCGCCAGAUUCUGCUCGUUGCUUGACAACUACAACCCAAACGAAGGUUACAAAGAAGUAGUCACAGAGGAAGAGAGGCAAGAGCAAGCGGCUUUCAUCGAAGAAAUUAGCAGAACCGCUCCGAUUAAGUACCUUCACAAGUACCUUGUGCUCAAGGACGUUGCUCCUGAAAGCUACCAAGAGUUCAAGAGAAUGCUGACUAGUCUCUGGUUCGAUCUCUAUGGCCGUGGAGGUACCUCUGGCUCCUCUUCUGCGUUUGAGCAUGUCUUUGUUGGUGAGAUCAAACAAACUGGUGGGGAACAAGUCUCCGGAUUCCAUAACUGGCUUCAGUUUUACCUGGAGGAAGCCAAAGGAACAGUAGAUUAUCAAGGCUAUAUAUUCCCUCGACGUCGCGGUGAAAUUCCUGAUUCAGAAACUCAGCUGCUAACGAUCCAAUUCGAGUGGAACGGUGUUUUAAAAUCAGUGUCAAGCACUCUAGUUGGAGUGAGUCCAGAGUUCGAGCUGGCUCUCUACACAAUGUGUUUCUUCAUGGGCAGAGAAGAAAACCACAUUCAGUUGGGUCCAUACAGUGUCAAUGUCAAAUGUUACCGACUUGGCAACAACCGUAUCGGCUCAGCUUUCCCCAUUGCAGAAUCUUGAUACCACACUUUGAUGGCUCCUGAUCAAAACAUUACAAAAUAACAAAAUAUCUUUGCAUUGCUCAGUACUGUACUGAAUUAUUAUUAUUGUUGUUGUCAGAGAUCCUUCUGUCUACAUGUAUACUAGAAAUAUCUUCCUUUGAUAUUAUUUCCUUUGUUAUUUAUGUG